AUGUACACGGACAACAAAAAGAGGUCAACAGGUCCUUCCAGCUCUGGAAGUUUGGUUUAUUGGGCCUCCUCAUUCUCUCGUCAACCAGUCAGGGUCCUGAUUGUGGAAACGUUGCCACCCUGGUGGACAGAGAUUUGCACAGUAGUUUGCGAUGCUCUGGAUAACUUCCUGUCAGUGGCGUGUAGCCUGGACGGACCCUGUAGGAUACCGCUCCUCAGCCUGUACGCCAUCAGCAGACAACAGGAGUGUCUGCUGCCUUUUGUGCAAGUUCGAGGUAAUCUGGCCCGGCUGCAUGCCUGCGUGGAGGAGCUGAGGUCUAUUCCAGGUGAUGGCUGCAUCAGAGGAGCAGCCAGAGGAGGUGAUCUGCUGCGACAGGCAGUGCUGGACAGUCUGCAGCAGUUUAAACAAUACAUGAGACACACGAGCCCUGGCAGCCAGGCCUGCAACAAUGCAUCUGUGGAGGUUACUGUGGUGACGUGCCAGCCGGGACGUGGCGUGGUCCAGCACUUGGAGACCGGGCUCAAAGAUUCUGACCUGGGAUCACUGAGGCGACUCCUGGUUGUUCAGAUCCUUGGUGCAGGGGACUGGGACCAGGACUGUCUCUCCUCUGAAGGCGCACAGACCGAAG